AGACCGGAACAAGCGUGCAGCUGUAAACGAAGGAUGCUCCGAAUUUAUCCGUGCUUAUUAUCUGUGUUAAUGUUGAUACGAUUAAAAUGUAUUGGAUAUCAGAACUGUUCUAAGACUUAUUUCGAGCCCUAUAAGCCGGUGUCUGUGGCUUUUCCAGGUUAGGUUGCUGCGCUUAACUCAAAAGGUCCACACUAUGACUGGCAAUCCAGUGGACUGCACUGUGAAGUCCCCGGUGGCCCUGCAGAUAGGGGACGUAGUGUCAGACUCGUUCCGUCCUGGUGUUUACAUAACUGAUGUUGUGUUUGGAGAGCCAGUCAACAUUCAGGAGAUUUCUUUCAAGAACUCGUACACAGCCUUUUUGACGGUGCGCGUGCUGAGGAAGGAGGUGGGGAGCGAGGAUGGCUCGGCUAAGUGGGUCACCUGUGUGAGAAAUCACUGUCUGAUGGCCAACCCACACACUGAAGAAGGAUCACAGGACUACUUCUCCAUCUACAGACAGCAGAUGCUGACACAGCCAGAUAACGUUACUACAGUGCGGCUCAUACAGAGGCAGCCCUCGUCCGUCUGGCUCAAUUUUAACAUUGAGGAGAUCAAAAUCUACCCACUUGUGCAUGAAGACUCUGAGAGGGAUGUUCCUUCCUGGUUAUCUACCAUCACACCUGUUGAGGAGCCUCUUGAUUUGAAUGGACUUCCUGACCCAGACGAAGUGUCAUCCAGCAUUCAGCAGAUGUGGGCACUCACUGAAAUCAUGCAGUCCAGCCAAACCUCAGCCUCAAUCGGCCGCUUUGACGUGGACGGCUCUUAUGACAUCAACCUGCUUUCGUACACAUAACAGGAAGUGACGGUCAUUGCAGAAGUAGCCAUGUAGACAGAAGCUGCAGGAAAGCAUGUGACAUUAUUGACCAUUGUAUGGUGUGCAACUAUAUAAGACAAGUGAUUCAUGACACGUACUAAUGCGGAAAGCAAGCUUGAAAAAUGUUUCUUUAUUUGCUUAUUUAUUUGCGUUUAUGUAAUGUAUAACUACUAAAGCAGAGGUGAAGUCCUCAGGGCUUCAACUGUAAAACUGGCUCAUUUUUAUAGCUGACGAGUCUAUAUGAACCAUAUUUCCUUUAACAUAUGGCUAUGUUCUUCCGGCUUUAUGUACCAUUGAUAUAAUAUUUUACAAGUGCAUACCCAGUCAUUUAACAUGCUUAUUUGAUGACAGCAUUCUCAGUUUUAGGAUUAUAAUGUGCAUAAUCAAAACUGGUACCUUGGAUUUCACAGACCAUCUAGAGUUAUGUUUAAAUCUAAAGACUAUUUAACUAUAUAUAUUAAACAGGCAUGAGGAAAAGAAAUGAACUCUCAGAUAAUUUUGAGCUCUUCUGAUACACAGCAAGCUCAGGAGUCCUCAGUGAAUUCUGCUGUAAGAAUGAGAUUCGCUGUGUCGCUUUUUGCCAAUUUAGAGCAAAAUUGACUUUAAAUUGAUAUCAGAGUAAAAUUGACAGUCAUUAUACUAUUACUUUUUUAUUAAUAUUUAAUUAAUAUUACUAUUAAAAUAGACUUAAGGUUUUAGAACAUUGUUGUCAGAAGAAAAAAUAUAUUACUAAAUCAAGAUGUGACAAAUCACCAUGGGUGUUUUGGACAAUCUCUACUAAUUACUGUUAAAUACACCAUUUUUUAAGGUAUAAGUUAUAAGUAAAGGCAGUGAUGUGUGUGGGUGUGUAUGUAUAUAUAUAUAUAAAUUGUUCCUUUCUACGGUGGAACUAGUUGUAAAUGGUUCUUUAAAGAAAAAAAAAAGCCAAAAAGGGCUAUUGUUACAUUUAUUUAUUUAUUUGUUUGUUUGUUUGUUUCUUUAAUUAUUUAUUUAUCUAUUCAUCCAUCUAUCUAUCUAUAUAUAAAAUAAACUACCGCCCCUGUUUUGGGAACAAUAACUUUUUGUGCCCUUUUUUUUUAUUAUUAUUGUUUACAGCUCAUU